AUUUGUCGUUCGCGGGAAGUUUGUCUUCUUAAAAGUGUUGGUGUAUACAUUUAAACAUCUGUUAAACUUGUCACAGAAUGGCAGCAACUGCAUCGAAGAACGCAAUCACAUUAAAGGGGUCCACUGAAAUUGUGGCAGAAUUUUUUGACUAUGGGAUCAACAGCAUCUUGUAUCAGAGAGGCAUCUACCCUCCAGAGACGUUCACACGAGUGCAAAAGUAUGGCCUUACCCUACUGAUGAGUACAGAUGACUCUAUCAAGGACUACCUUUCCAAAGUCAUAUCACAAAUUAAAGAAUGGCUGAUGGAUAUGACAGUUAGCAAGCUGGUGGUGGUGAUCAAGAGCCUUGCAGCAAAUGAGGUCCUUGAACGCUGGCAGUUUGAUGUGGAGUGUGAUAAAACUAUUCUCACAGAAAGUAAACCCAGAGAAAAGUCAGAGAAGGAGAUUCAUGAAGGUAUCAGGGCAGUCAUCAGACAGAUCACAGCCUCUGUUACAUUCCUGCCACUCAUUGAGGAGCCAUGCAGUUUUGACCUGCUGGUGUACACAGACAAGGACCUAGACGUGCCUGACUCCUGGGGCGAGUCAGGACCCCAGUUUGUGGCCGACUCUGAAGAGGUCCGUCUUCGAUCCUUCACGACCACCAUACACAAAGUGGACACCAUGGUUGCCUACAAGAAGAGCUCCUAGAUGACCUUGGAUGUUUAGUUGAAGUGACCUUGAACGCGCUCUAGAUCUGAUCAGUAAUCAUUAUGUGGUUUUGCUUUGUAGUGACGAUGUGGCAUUGGUUCUGGCAGAGGACUUGAAAAGUUGGUGUAAGAAAAAAACAAUUUGUAUGUAUUGUACAUGGAAUUAAUUCUAUGGGGCUAGUAUUUAUUUUCAGACACAAACCCAUAUCUAAUUAAGCACAAUGUGCUCAUAGUGGUGAGCUUUUGUGAUCGUCUUUUGUCCGUCAUGCGGCAUCAACAUUUGCCUUGUUAACACACUAUAGGCCAUUUUAUUGUCCGAUCUUUAAAAUUUGGUCAGAUUUUUGCCAAUGAAAUCUUGGACGAGUUCGAAAUUGGUUCCAGUUGGUUGAAAAACAGGGCUGCCAGGAAGCGGUGCAUUUUUCCUUAUAUGGCUAUAGUAAAUCCUUGUUAGCACUCUAGAGGUCACAUUUAUUGUCUGAUCAUCAUGAAAUGUGAUUAGAAGAUUUGUCCCCAUUAUAUCUUGGAUGAGCUUGAAAAUGGUUGGUUGAAAAACAUGGCUUCCAGGGGGCGGGCAUUUUUCUUUAUAUGGCUGUAUAUGGCUUUGGUUACCUUGUUAAAGGGGCCUUUUCACGUUUUGGCAAAUUGACAAAAUUGAAAAAAGUUGUUUCAGAUUCGCAAAUUUUCGUUUUAGUUAUAUUUUUGAGGAAACAGUAAAACUGAAUAUUUACCAUGCUCUAAUAUAUCCAAUAUAUGCAUCUUUUGACGAUUUAAAAACCUGAAAAUUAUAAAGCGUUGCAACGCGAAACAAUUGAAUAAUUUGGAGAGUUCUGUUGUUGUCGUUUAAUUAUGGGAAACUAUGAAGAUUUCUUAUAUAAAAUACGUUUUUCCUUAUAUGGCUAUAUAUGGCUUAAGUAAAACCUUGUUAACACUCUUUGGGCCACAUAUAUUUUCUGAUCUUCAUGAAACUUAGUAAGAAGAUUUGUCCCAAUGAUAUCUUGGAUGAGUUUGAAAAUGGUUUCAUUUGGUUGCAAAACAUGGCCACCAGGUGCGGGGCAUUUUUCCUUAAAUGGCUAUAUAUUGCUCAAAAACAUGGUAACCAGGGCACAGUACAUAUUUCCUAAUAUGGCUAUAGUCAAAACUUGUUAACACUCUUAAAGUCACAUUUAUUGUCCAAUCUUCAUGAAACUUGGUCAGAAUGUUUGUUCUAAUUACAUUUUGGGCUGCAUAGAACAGGUCAGUUCCUUUGUUACUCAGGUGAGUGACUUUGGGCCUUUCAGGCUGUCUUGUUUAAGGAAGACUCAUAAAUGAAAUCAUAAUCUACGCAGAAAGUUUCCUCCCAGAUUAGUGUGACUGCACAGGCUUAUCUUGGAUGAUACUUUACGCACAUGCAAUAAGCUCAGGUUUUACUGAGAACAUAAUUCAAUAUCCAUGUUAGACAUGAAACCUAAAAAAACUAACUUUGAAAUCACUUAAUUUGGUGAAAACCUAAUUUUAUAUUGAGGAAAAAUACUUUUUCAAAUGGGAAAAAUUGAGUUUAAAAAUGAUACAGGUAUGAGAAUAUUUUAAUGACUUAAACAAAUAGUAAAACAAAUAAUACAUGGAUCAUUCUAAUAAAUUUGCGAAUCCUAUGAAUAUCUUAAAACAUGCUUGGAAUAAACAAAACCAAACUUAACCUUGUCAAUGUUGUUCUCAAUAUGGAAGCAGAAUGCUUAUGCAAGAAUUGUCUGAGCCAUCCACUCGUGCCUUGAAAAAGUGAUUUGUGGCCGUUACUAUGCCUUUGUUGUUUGAAAAGAUGUGCUAAUCAAUAUAUGUUUCAAGUGAAGAAAACAUUCAUAAAGGGAGUUAUAGUGAUCAAAUCACUUACAUUGAUAUGUUGGCAUUUAUAGAAUACUCUUUUGUCAAAGAAUUGAGUACGCUUGUAUAUUUAGAACUCAUCACUUGUUCAUGCAUAUACAUGCACAUAAUCGUGAUUCUAUUAUUUUCUUCUUUUGUAUUUGGAAUCUUUUCUUUCCUACCAAACUGUGUGUAUGUUAUAGUGCUAUUUUGUAUGUAUUAUAUGUUAUAAUUAAUAAAAUAUAUGUUUGCA